CCCGCCCCUCCCGGCGCGGUCCCCUCACGGCGGCGGCUCCAUUUUCUCGCGCUCCCGCGGCCCCCGCGUAGCGCCCGGUUCGCCUCAGCCCCGGCCGAGAGACCCCCGAGACACCGCGCGCCGCCAUGAAUGAGGAGUACGACGUGAUCGUGCUGGGCACCGGCCUCACGGAAUGCAUCCUCUCCGGGAUUAUGUCAGUGAAUGGAAAGAAAGUCCUUCACAUGGAUCGGAACUCUUACUAUGGAGGGGAAAGUGCUUCCAUUACACCCCUGGAAGAUCUCUACAAAAGGUUUAAUCUCCCGGGAACUCCACCAGAAUCUAUGGGGCGGGGAAGAGACUGGAACGUGGACCUCAUUCCUAAAUUCCUCAUGGCUAAUGGUCAGUUGGUAAAGAUGCUGCUCUACACAGAAGUCACUCGUUACUUGGACUUCAAGGUGAUCGAGGGCAGCUUCGUCUACAAGGGAGGAAAGAUCUACAAAGUUCCUUCCACUGAGGCAGAAGCUUUGGCCUCCAGUUUGAUGGGUCUGUUUGAGAAGCGCCGCUUCAGGAAGUUCCUGGUGUACGUGGCCAACUUUGACGAGAACGACCCGCGGACCUUCGAGGGCGUGGACCCCAAGAAAACCACCAUGAGGGAUGUGUACAAGAAGUUUGACCUGGGCCAGGAUGUCAUCGACUUCACAGGCCAUGCCCUCGCUCUCUACAGGACUGAUGACUAUCUAGAUCAACCGUGCCAAGAAACAAUCAACAGGAUCAAGCUGUACAGCGAGUCACUGGCGCGGUACGGGAAGAGCCCCUACCUGUACCCCCUGUAUGGCCUUGGAGAGCUGCCCCAGGGAUUUGCAAGACUCAGUGCAAUCUAUGGAGGCACCUACAUGCUCAACAAGCCCAUCGAGGAGAUCGUCAUAGAGAACGGCAAAGUGGUCGGGGUCAAGUCUGAGGGGGAGGUGGCUCGCUGCAAACAGCUCAUCUGCGACCCCAGCUACGUGUCGGACCGCGUGACCAAGGUGGGCCAGGUGAUCCGGGUCAUCUGCAUCCUCAGCCACCCCAUCAAGAACACAAACGAUGCCAACUCGUGCCAGAUCAUCAUUCCACAGAACCAGGUCAACCGGAAAUCAGAUAUCUACGUGUGCAUGAUCUCCUCUGCUCACAACGUGGCGGCGCAGGGCAAGUACAUCGCCAUCGCCAGCACCACCGUGGAGACCGCGGACCCGGAGAAGGAGAUCAAGCCAGCCCUGGACCUCUUGGAGCCCAUUGAGCAGAAGUUUGUGAGCAUCAGUGACCUGUUUGCACCGACCGACCCGGGAACCGAGAGCCAGAUCUUCAUCUCGCGCACCUACGACGCCACCACCCACUUCGAGACGACGUGCGACGACAUCAAAGAUAUUUAUAAGAGGAUGAUGGGAUCAGAGUUCGACUUCGAGGAGAUGAAACGCAAGAAGAACGACAUCUAUGGGGAGGAGGAGCAGCAGUAAUGAGUCUCUAAUUAGGAGAAGUUUAAAUCGGCUGAUAUGAAUAUAUAAGGAACUUAAUGAACACUGUACGAAAUUCAAUAUUGUAAGGCCUGCUUUUGUAAUCCCAUCUCUGAGAGAUUGAAGAGUACUGCACUGGUAAUGUUCCCUUUUUGGAUAUCAUGUGUUAAUUAUUUCAUUCUAGUAGGGCUGCUGUCCAGAAUCUGGCAAAUUCCUGACUGAUAUUCCUGACUAACCUCGUAAGCAGAAAGGCAGACUGAACUUACUAUUAUUUUUGCAGACGUAGACGUGGGUGCAGAUUUGAAAUAACUCAUUGACAGCUGUGUCUUACCUUGUCUUUUUAAUCAUUUGUAAAACAUCCUUCACAAUCCUGUGCUUCUGGUGAGCUCGUAGAUGUGACGCUGAUGUCACUCAAACCUGAUAUCAAGGAAAAUAGAAACUGAGCACUCCAUUAUUGUGGACAGCAUCCCUAAAAGUCUCUCCCAUCAAUCUUAACUCUGUGGCAAAGUUGUAUCAUGGACAAAGCCCACACCUAUUGUAGCAGCAAAUGUUGGCUUCGUUCUGGGCACAGAACUUAACCUCCACUUAAGCUUCUAAACCCGUUUACAUCGGUUGGGACACAGCUGUGCCUCAGGCUCCUUUGUGUUUUAAUCUUAAUAAAAUUGAGAGAACAAAUUACAGAGCAGGCAAGAUGUGGAAGUAUUUUCUGUCCCCUGUGGCUUCUCGGAUGGACCAAACGGCGCUGCGGUAUCGGCAUGACAGAGCCUGUGCUUCUCGUGUCUCCUGAAGGCUCCAAAUGAUUUCUGUACUGCGAAGUAAAGCCAAAUUCUGGAAACCA